GCGGGACAGCCCGCGAGAGGUCAAGACUCGCCUCCGACGACGCCCCACGCCAGGUCCGGCGACCAUGGGCACCGCGGCGGUCGACCUCGAGGCGCGUCAGCUCCGCAUCCUUGGCCGGAUCGCGGACCUCGAGCUCGCCGUGCAGCAGCGCCGCAUCGGGGCGCUCUCCAUCUCCGCGGCGUCCCCGGAGGACGGUGAGGCCGAGGCGGGAGCUACCGAGGCGCGGCUCUCGGUCCUCCUGGCCGCGCGCGGCGUGCGGGACUUCGCCUUCCGGCGCGUGCCCGCGGAAUACUACGACCGUCCCCUUGAGGAGCGCCGCGGCCUCCUCCGCGCCGACUCGGUCGCUCAGCUCUGCAAGAGCAUCGUCAUGGUGAACACCCAAGCCACUGCAGAUGUUGUUGACUGCAGCAAUCCAAAAAAUUCAAAAUACUAUGUUGUUGUUGUUCAGUAUAUGGCGCGGCUUAACGCUGAAAACAUCAAGAACUUCCUGUACGAACUAAAUGAGAAGCAAAUACCCAAAAAGAGAUUUAACAUGAGGUUGGCACCAGAAGAGGAGUCACACAAGCUUACUGGGUUUGUGCACAACGCUGUCACAUGCAUCGGGAUGGAAACAGACAUACCGGUUAUCAUAGAUGAAGCUAUCACCAAGUUGGAUGAGGGGUUCUUCUGGUUGGGUGGCGGAGAAGUUGACCUCAAGCUCGGGAUGCGAACCUCACAAUUCCUUAGUGCCUUUAGUCCAUUCGUUGUGAAAUGCAGCUGAUGAUAAUCUGCAACGGAAGAGAAGCUUCUGAUCCAUUUGGUUCUACAGAGCGUCUGGAUGCAUCACAUGGAGGCACACCACAAGUAGAUUUUGCUUGGAUCUGGGGUUGGGAUGUCUGUCUUUUUUGAAGCAGGCUAUCCCCUUCCAAUUGCUCACCUUGCAUUGUUUACAGCUGACUGUUGGUAAGAUUGAUGUGGUGGGAGGGGACAUUCUUGGGAAGAUUGAGAUAUUUGCCACAACUAGGCAUAUAAUACUCUUUGUACUUUGUGCCUAAAACUCAUGUUGGUUUCUGGUGUGGGUACUUGAGAACUAGGAGUUACAUGAUUUAGUCAUGGUAAUUUAUCAGGAAGCUCAACUGACAAUAAAUUUCUGUUGUUAUUUCAUCGUCUUAUUAAACGAUAAGCCAAUAUCA